CUUUCCUUUGUAUUUCUAUUUCCCACUUGCACUUUCUUCUGUCUCUACCUCUCUCCCAUCAAUCCUGUUGGAUGUAACUACGCCACAACGAACUAAUAAAACCCCCAAAAAGAGAACUUUAAUUUCCAGAUCCAAGAUCUACACUUUCACAAACUAAAUGCUGCUUUCCUUCUUCUCUGAUCUGAUCUGAGAAUCAUAUUCUUUUGAACUCUUAAUCAUGCAACGGAGGCAACCCACUUCGACUCGUCGCAAUGGAAGCUUUCCAUUUGCUGGGGCCCUCAAUGCCAAAUCAAAAUCAUCUCCCUUGCUAUCUAUAUGCUUGGUCCUUGUGGGAGCAAUUCUUCUACUUGUCUAUGCUUUUAGUGGACCAGGUUUAUUUGGAGGCACCAAGAUAGUCAGCAAGAUUGAAGGUGAUUUUUCAUGCACAUUGGAGUUGCAAAGAGCAAUACCCAUCUUAAAGAAAGCAUUCGGCGAUAGCAUGCGCAAAGUUUUGCAUGUUGGUCCCGAUACCUGUUCUGUGGUAUCCAAGCUGUUGAAAGAAGGUGAAACAGAAGCAUGGGGCAUAGAACCAUACGACAUAGAAGAUGCUGAUGGAAACUGCAAAUCACUUGUGAACAAAGGCAUUGUACGUGUGGCAGAUAUCAAAUUCCCUCUACCCUAUAGGUCAAAGUCAUUUUCUCACGUUAUUGUGUCAGAUGCAUUGGACUAUCUAUCCCCCAAAUACCUGAACAAAACUCUUCCAGAAUUUGCAAGGGUUUCUUCCGAUGGUCUUGUUAUAUUUACUGGUUCCCCUGGUCAACAGAAAGCUAAAGUAAAUGAGUUAUCAAAGUUUGGACGACCGGCGAAAAUGCGGAGCUCGUCUUGGUGGAUUCGAUUUUUUGUCCAAACAAGCUUAGAAGAGGACGAAGGUGCUGCCAAGAAAUUUAAGCAAGCAGCAUCCAAGCAGUCUUACAAGCCCGGCUGUCAAGUUUUCCAUCUCAAUUCAUACCAUUGAUAUCAUGAAAUCAAAAGAUAUGAAAUUCUUUUCUUACCCUCAUUUUUUGUCUCCUUUUCGUCUCAUUCUUAUGUUAUUAACAAACAUAAGAGAAGCUAGGGAGGUGGAGAAUCCGCAGUUGAUGUACGCUUUUUGUUUUUUGUUUUUUUCCUUUUGAUAUGAUGGUGGGUUGGGGGAAUGUUUUAGUGUUCUCGAGUUCUUACAUUCGAUAUAUUAAUUAUUUUUUAUGUAAUGAGAUAAAUAUAACUGAUAUUCAUAUUGUUUGAACUCUGAGCGUCAGCAAGCAUAUAUCUGAUGUAUCUUAAAGUGGAGACGAAUUGGUUCCACAUCUUAAAGUCUACAAGACAAAUUGAUUUCUAAUCA